CCGCUAUUAUGGAUAAUUUCUCAAAAGAUCCAACGAAAUAUUGGUAUCACAAUUUUCUAGUAAAGCAAUAAAACAGCUGCAAAGAGAAUAAAAUCAAAGUUUCUUACAAUAGCUAAAUUCUACAUACAAUGAACUCUCGUCAUUUCUCUUGCAAAAUUUUGGGCAUCACAGGUGCAAAACAUGUGACGGGCAAAUAAUUACUUAUACACAGACCCUUGUCUGUGCAUGACUCACAUGGAGUGUCCAGUGUCUAAAUUAAAUUCUGUAGGCAGAGAGGGGAUGCACCAACUCUCUCUUAUAUAUACUUUGGGAGUGAAAGACCUUUCUCUCUUUCGCUUAAUAAUUAGGUUGGACGCAGGCAAUUCUGCUGCAAUGGAAGGCAAAGAUGAGAACUUUGAAGAGGAGAGGAGAGGAGAGGUCGAAGAGAAAGAAGUUAUCCAAGAUGAUUGUGUUGAUGAUGGUUUUGAGGAAGAGGACAGUGAUGAGGACUGUGGUUCUCAUAGAUUCAUUCCUAGUCCUUUGGUCCCUCUCAGGGAUCAUCUCGUGAAAGACAAGGAAGAUGACAGUCUGAGGAGGUGGAAGGAAAAGCUACUUGGUGAUGGUUAUGAGGAAAUGAUGGGUCAAACAGAACCCGAAGUUACAUUUUAUUCGAUAGGAAUUGUAUCAAAUGACUAUGAAGAGACUGUUCUACCCUUACCAAUAGAAAGCGAAAGCCCUCUUCUAUUUACGCUUAAUGAAGGAGCAAAGUAUCGUCUCAAGCUGAAAUUCAGAGUCCAACACAACAUUGUCUCUGGUUUAACCUACAUGAAUACUGUAUGGAAAGGCAGCCGUAAAAUAAAUCAGGCUAAAGGAAUGCUGGGUACUUUUGCUCCUAGCCGAAACCCCUACGAGGAGUUGCUGGAGGCAGAAUCUACCCCAUCAGGCCUAUUUGCCCGUGGCAUCUACUCUGCAAAACUUCAGUUCAAAGAUGAUGACAAUCACAGCUACCUGGAUCUCAACUAUUCAUUUGAAAUCAAGAAGCACUAAGCAAAAGAACCGUCAUGACUUUGAGACAAUAUAAUUUGAUUUUAAAGCUAUGAGCUUUGCAUUGCUAAAAUGCUAGUUUUACAUU